AACGCGAGAUCAUCGACAUCUUUUUAAAAUAAACACAUUAAAGUAUAGCACAUUACCAACGCUGACCUAUAUUUUAAUUGGUUCUUUUGAUGAAACAUAUUUUAGAAAACUGGCAAACAGGAGCUUCAACAACUUACAUACUUUUAUUUGAAUGAGUAAAUGGGGUAUAAUUGCUCGGCAACAAUUUCAUGUGUCGCUUCAAAGCAUGCCGAUCCAAUCGCUCUCUCAUAAUUACUCUGCACGUUUCUCCCUGCCACCUUUCUUCUCCAUGUCUCCCAGCUGGUGCCGUGUUCAUGUGUCGGCUCUGCCACCUCUUCUCUCCAAGUCGCGCCCAGUUGCUGUCCCACUGCUCCGCAGUGCACAGCGAGCAGCAGCAGCCUCCGGAUGAGAUCAUCGUCGCUCUGCGGCCCCUCGCAGCAGAGCCCGUGGACCCGUCUGCAGAGAGACCAGUGAAACGAAAACGAGGACGACCGAAAGGCUCGAAAAAGAAAUUGCGCACUGAUUUGAUAAAGAGCCAGGCUGAAUCUACCCAGUCUGAUGUUCAAAGAGACAAAGAAAAGGAGAAGGGAGAUGAACAAUGUAGCUCAGCACAAACUGGUAAAAGCCAUGACAGGAUACAGGGGCUUGAAUGUAGAGACUGCCAUCGCUCGUUCAGCAAUAGACGACAGAUACGGAAACACAUAUGCAUAAGAGAAGAGGAUGAGGAAGACGAAGAGGAUAAUGGAAGCCCCUGUGGUGGAGCAGGAAUGGAUGGUUGUGGGAGUCUGGACCCUAAGGGAGCGGAUCCACUCCAAAGCCCAGUAAAACCAGGACCCGUGAGAAAAAAAGGCUUUGGCAGCUUCAAACCCGUGAGAACCAGUCGACGCCGCACCUCUAAAGAAGGAGGUCCGACAACGGUAAACAAAAUGUCGGUCUUCAGUGUUGUUCUCACAGAAGAUGAAACACUUCCAGGUGUUUCUAAAAUGGUACCAGUUGAUGAAAGUUCAGAAGAGACCAUCCAACCUCAGUCUGCAGUUUUGCAGAGUCAGUCACAAGACCUUGCAAGUGAAGCCACAAUCUGCGAGGGUAACCCUGAAACAGAUCAGGAGCCAAGCAGUGUGAUCCCUUUGUCCACAACAAUACCAAGAACAACAACAACAGCAGCAGCAGCCAACAGAGGCUUCCAGGAAUAUUCUAUCAAGCAAGAUGCUACAAAUUUACUUCAGAGCCAGUUGAAGAUUUUUUCCUGUGAGUUCUGUAACAAGAUCUUUAAAUUCAGACACUCACUGAUGGCCCACCUCAGGACACACACCCAGGAGAAACCUUUUCAGUGUCCACACUGUGACUACGCAUCAGCCAUUAAAGCCAACCUCAGUGUCCACCUGAGGAAGCACACAGGAGAGAAGUUCAGCUGUCAGCACUGUCCUUUCAACUGCCUCAGCCCAGGACACCUCAAGGUGCACAUAGAGCGAGUCCAUCUGAAGGUGAAGCAGCACUGCAGCUUCUGUGAGAAAAAAUACUCUGAUGUAAAGAACUUGCUGAAACACAUUGAGAAGAGACAUAACAUGAAAGACCCUGCUAUACACCAGAGCUACCAACAACUAAGGUUGAAGACUCGUCAGGGCCUCAGGCAGCUCCUCUACCACUGUCCCACCUGUAACCGGCGCUUUAAGAACCUGCUGGAGAGGGAGCGUCACCUGUUGGUCCACGGCCCCCGGCCUCCCUUCGCCUGCCUCAUCUGUGAUCAUGCUUCAACGAAGAUGGCCACCCUCGCUGCUCACGUCAGGAAGCACCUCUUCCUUUACAUGUGCUGUGUGUGUGACGGCAAGUUUGUCAGCUCCCAGAGACUGAGGAGUCAUUUGAAAGAGUCUCACCAAGCGUUCGACCAGGAGCAGGCCUUCACAGACUGCAUCAACAUCAGCUACUACCUGGUGCAGCCAGGAGGAGGAAUGUGGGGGGAAGAUGAGAGGGAAGAAACAGGGAAAGGGAUGAAGGGAGGAUGGCCAAGGAUAGAGCAGGAGGGUGAAGAUGAGAGGAUGACGGAGGAGGCCACACAGAAUGGUGUCGGAGUGGACGAGUGUUGCGAUGGGAAAGUGGAGAGGCUGAAGGUGGCAGCAGGCAAAGGCCUGGAGCAAGAUGAGGAAGAAGCUGAAUCUCCGGUUGAAAGAGCAGAAAAAGUGCCGGGGAAAGAAGGAGAAAUGGAAAACGGAAGUGAACAGCAAGGUUCCCAAGAUGGGCUCCAUCAAGCUGUUUCUACAGGAAGCACAACUCCCUCUGACCAAAAGGAUGAAGAAACUGCUGCCGAAAAGUCCCAGGACAACACGGCCGACACGGGCACCCCUUCAACUGCAGAUGAUACACAUGCAGCAGAGAGCCGUCACACACCUCUGUUAGAGAAUAGCAAUCAGGAAAACACAAACCCAUCUGAUGAGAACACACCAACCCCUUCAGGGGAAAAUGGUCAAACACUUUCAGAAGGUGUGACGGAUGCUUUCCAACAGAGUGCGUUCCAGAAGGUGAUCUCAUCACUUCAGAAGACUCCGCUCAAUAUGGAGUCUUUCCAGCGACUCAGGAAAAUUUAUGGGGAACUGGAAUGUCAAUACUGUGGUAAACUGUUCUGGUACAAAGUCCACUAUAAUGCCCAUGUACGCACGCACACCAAGGAGCACUCGCAUUACUGUUCAAAGUGUAGCUACUCGUCCAUCACCAAGAGCUCUUUGAAGCGCCACCUGAUCCAGAAGCACAGCGGUUUGCUGCUGCCUUGUUCACAUCCCGCCUGUCAAUACACCACACCUGACAAGUACAAACUUCAGGACCACCUGAAGACACAUCAGGAGCAGGGGCAGUCUGUGACUUGUCCUGUCUGCCAGAAGAGUUAUUCCCAGCGAAGACUUAAGCAGCACAUCAAAGCAUCCCACCCUGAAACGCUGCCGAUGCAGGGAAAGGGACUGAUGGUUCAGCGGGCAGAGAAGUGCCCCUACUGUGACUCCUACUUCUUAAAGAACAGCAGUGACUUUCAGCGGCACAUCUGGUUCCAUCAAGGUGUGAAGCCCUUCGUCUGCCACAUGUGUGACUAUGCAGGCCGCAGUCGGAGUAACCUGAAGACUCACAUGAACCGACACAACACAGAGAGACAUCACCUCUGUGACCUGUGCGGUAAAAAGUUCAAAUCUAAAAACACGCUCAAAAGCCACAGGCUAAGCCACUCUGAUGAAGGGAAGCGGUUUAAAUGCUCAGAGUGUGACUUCACCUCAGUCUUCAAACCUUCGUUGCUCAGACACAUGGAGCAACACGCUCAGUACAAGCCGUUCCGCUGUGCUCACUGCCACUACUCUUGUAACAUCGCUCGUCCCUUAAAACGGCACUACAACAUGAAACACCCAACCCAGAAAUAUCAGAAUGUCGGACCUGGACUGCCCAACCCUGAUGCUCUGAAACAGCAAGGUGGUAUGAAGUGUCCUGAAUGUGAGUUUGUUUAUGGCACCAAAUGGGAGCUGAACCGCCAUCUGAAGCGCAAGCACAGCCUAAAAGUGGUGGAAGGUUCCUGGGAGGUUGGGGAGACAGUAGAGGCGCAGUUUGUGGCUUUGGAGGACGAAGAGCAGCUGACAGAAGUAACUGUAGCAUCCCUGCAGGACAACGUCGAUAUCCAGCAGACCACUGAAUGCAAUUCAGAGACUCUCAACGCCGUCACUUCAAUGGUCGCCAUGGCUCCGGGGACGGUUACCGUUGUACAGCAGGUGGCUGGCGAGCAGGAGGACGAUGAGUGCACAAACCAGCUGAUGGUGGUGAAUGCAGACGGGGAUCUAAGUGGUGACCAAGUGAUGGUUGUGGAGGACGCAGAGAGCCUGGAGGCUCUGUCAGUUCUCGCUCAGGGAGACAACACUCACCACUAUAUCGUCUACGUCCAGGAACACACUGUAGAAAUCAACUAGUAAUUCUUGCCUUUUAACAUCUGCUGAUUCAUCAUGUCGACAGAGUUUACAAGAGUGUAGUAAUAUAAAAUGUACCAAUGGACAAUGUAUUCAGGAUUUAAUGAGAAAUUCCUUAAUAAGAUUUAUUUUUCAGUCACUAAAUAAUUUGUAUGAUUAUAUGCAAUAUUUUGUACUUGCAAGAUUAUAUUUGAAUAAACGCUUGUCCUGAACUGCUCGAU